UGUCAAAUAUCUGUCUUAGCUGGGAUCGUCUUAUCAUCUAAACACAAUAUAUAUAACAGUUUAAAUAAAGUUUGUCCAGAGCUUGGCAAUCGCUUGCAUUUUGAAGACUUUCCCUCUCUUUUGUUUCAUCUAUAAUAGCUAAUAAGGUGCUGGAUACUAGAGGUAAACAUAUAUGACCAUAGGUGCAAUCAAAAUGAGGAAAACCAUAAUUAUUUCGAUCAUAUUGCUUGCAGCAUUUCUUGAGUCACCUUCAGCGUUUCUUCUCGUCGAUAAUUGUCCAGUGUCGUCACCUUGCACGUGUUCUGGAAGUUCUGGAAGCAGCUACAUAAGGUGUGACAGUAAAAGUUUAACGAGCAUCCCUGCUAUUAAACAAUCUAGUUAUCAUGUUAAUAAGUUAUAUCUGUAUUUUUAUACAAAUAAGUUGAGCAUUAUUUUCAAUAAUGCAUUUAGAAAUUUUAGUUCAGUCAACGCAUCAGAAAUAGAUUUACGACUUGAUGGUAAUAAGAUAAAGACAAUUGAAACAAAUGCAUUUAGUGGGAUUGAAAAUACAACAAAUCUUCAGCUGCAAAGCAACAAUCUUACAACUUUACCUUUGGCAAUAGGAAAUCUUUUCAAACUAAGAAGUCUUAAUAUUCUUGAUAACCCUUUGCAUUCACUUGAUGAAUCAGUUAUGUCAAAUAUAGGCAGAAGUUUAAUUUCACUUAGCAUUGACUUCAAUCAUUUUACAGAAUGGCCACAUGAACUUCAUUUCCUUCGAGUGUUGCAUUCAUUGUCUGUAAAUCACAUACCCUUUUCGCAUUUAGACAUUCAUGCCUUUCAUGGCUUUGAGCAGACAUUGACAUACCUUUCCGUUAAGGAAUCUAAACUUGGAAAGGUGCCCUUUGCAAUAUGUUAUCUCAGUCAUCUAUCGUCGUUUGAGUUUAGUUAUAAUAGCAACCUACAGGAGAAUAAAUCCUCAAUUUUAGAGCCGUGUAGUAGAAAACUGACUUCUGUAACUACCUUAAAAUUAGAUUCGAAUAACCUCCAUAUAUUUCCAGACAUGUUUUCUUUGUUUCCAUCACUAACGUCAGUAUCUCUAUAUAAUAAUAAACUUCAAUAUAUAGAAAACAGUAAAGUCCCAAGUGACUCAAAACUUACCUUCUUAAGUUUGCAACUUAACCAUUUUGAAAGAAUACCCUAUGCAUUGAACAAGUUAAAAUCAUUACGAACAAUUUACAUUUUGGAAAAUCAUAUAACGACAAUUGAAACACCAGAUUUAGCAGGAUUGACUUCUUUAAUGAUUUUAAAUAUUAACAGAAAUCCUAUCACAUAUAUAUCGCCUAAUGCAUUCAGGCAUAAUCCUUAUCUUAGUUAUAUAGCUUUAGAACAUACGCAUCUUGACCAUGUACCUGUUGCAGUGACAAACGUCACGUCAUUGGCCUAUUUUUAUCUCAGCGGAGUGCCUAUUGAUUGUACUUGUGACGGUAUGUCAUAUUUAAAACAAUGGAAUGUGUCGACUAUUUCGACGUUUAAAGCAAAUUGCGCAUCUUCCUCUGAAACUAUUAAAACAUAUAUCAUGAAUGCUCUACAGGCAUGUCCAUAACACUCGUAUCUUUCAUCAUGCAAAUGCCAUAUAUUUAGUAUCUAACAAAAAAGAAAGUUAUUGCAUGUGAAAUAAUGUAAUCAUUAAUUAAAAUAAUUAUUAUUAAAGUCUUGAUAUAUUGAUAAACAUUUAAAAAACAAUUUUAAAGGAGCUCCACUGAGAUCAAAAUGCCUAAAAUUUGAAGUUCUUACAUAAGUCAAUUCAUGUACCUUAAAUGUAAACAAUUAGCAAAGAAUAAUGUAGAAAUGUAUUUAUAAUUAAAUAAAUAUGGAUUUUCUUUGCGAUUAUUAGCCCGGUUAAGUGAAAAGCCUUGUAUUACUUCUAUUUUUUGUCACACAAAAAGAUUAGUCUGAAAAAAGGAUAACGGAAUGACCUCAAAAUUUGCACACAAGUGAUUGGUCAAGAACUACAACAAAUUGUUCACAAAUCUUGGGGCAGGGGGUUCCAGUCCCGUCAUGUAAAAGCUUCAGUGGAGUCUCUAAAAAGGUCAUUAUAUAAGAAGUAAGGUAGUUCAUCUAGUUAAUAUUUUCGUAUUUUCUGUAACGUGGUAACCUUUAUUAACAUAAAACCCGUUUUAUUAAUAAUAUGUGUCAUUUUACACACAACACAAUCGAAGGUAUAGAAACGAAACUAUUCUUAUCAGCGUAUAAGAAAUCAACUCACUGGAGUCUAUAUUAAGAAAAACAGAAGCUACGGCUUUUCUAUUUGUCAACAGCUAGUCUUUGUUUAUAUUAUACACUAUAAAUAAGAUUGUAAAUAAAGUCGAUUAAGCAAACAAAAGUUUAUUUCAUGAUAAGGUACAUUUACAUGUUCAAAGUUAAACAGGGUGGGGUCACAUGUUUCGAUUUUUUGUUAAUACUGGUGUCAAAAUGACAUAAUGGCUUUUUUCGGGAUUUUGUGAUAAUUGCAUUGCAUUGUAUAGUUAUAUUAACUACUUUACCAUGUUAGAUAGUCAAGAAAAAAAACAGUAGUAUAAUCGCAUAAUAGAAUAAACACAAAUAGAAUAUAGAUAAUUUACCUGAAAAAUGCUUUUGAUUUUAUCAAAAGACAGCGUCAGUUAUUUACAUUUUUUUUGAUGAAUAAUAUUUUAUUUAUCUUUAUAUAUAAAGACAUUCAGGCCAAUAUAUUGUUUUAAGAUAUUGAAAAAAGGUGUAUUUGAAAAGACAGAGUAAGACUUGCGAAGUUAAGUUAUCACUCAGUAAAGUGUCAAAAAUAAGGGCCAUUUGUUUAGCAGAUAAAAACGUGUGAAAUGAGAUAGCAAAGCAUAUUUAUAUAGGGCAUUGAAUUUAUAAGUAUGUGUGUCAUACCAUAUCCUAAAUAUUUGUUUGAACAUAAAGAAACAAAGGGACACAUUUAUCCUUAUCAAACCAAAGGGAUAUUUGAUAAUAUAUACUAUAAGAAUGUAUAAAAAUCAAAUGUGAUCAUUUCAUGAUUCCAAGUACACCAUCAGAAACAUACAUGCAGAUGAUAUUAUCAAUUGAAACGAGAACAUUUGCUAUCUCAAAUACGAACACUGGAAUGAUAUAUAACUUGAAAAAACAUAAAAUAAAUGAGCAUUGCGGAAUCAUUUUUCGUGCAAUUUCACACAACUGAAGUGAUUUCCUUGCUAUAACUUAAUGUCUUCAGUCUCUUAAAUCAUUUUACGUAAUCCGUAUUUCUUUAACAUUCUAGUUUUUCAUGCUUCACUGUUUCAUAUGCUUUUGCAUAUUGCCUGAUUUCUAUUGGCUUUAACUAUGUGUGAGGUUUUAUUUGUUAAAUUAUUAAAAAAAAUGAAUGUCAGUCUUUCUGGUACUUUACAAAAAAAGGAUUGUUAUCCAAUCCAGUUUGCAUACUUUUGAUUACUUUUAAAUUUCUGUAUUUGAGCAAAUCUCUUUUGUACAGAUUGCACAUGUAUAUUUAGUAUGUAUCUGUGAUACAAGUAUGUUCAUAUCGCCAAUACUUUUAAACGUGUAGGGCGAGUAUAUUAUUUGUUUACACAUGAGCUCAUUUCAAUUGCAAUCAAGUGGUAACGCUUUUUUAAGAGGUUACGAAUAUCAUGUUCCUUACCAGACCUUCAUUAUUUAUUUAUAGACAUAUUAUUACAGUUUUAAUUCAUAAGAAUAUUUCUUUUAUUUCUUUGCUAUAUGAAGUAGAUUUUGUUGACAUUUGUAUGAAUAAAGAAUGGUACAUUAAGGUUUGAAAUAGGAAUACUGUCAUCACAUCAAGAAUAAAGUGUUUUGAGAAAGAUGAUUGUUAAAAUUUAGGUAUUUAUGGAUUGGUAUUUUUUGUCAUAGUCAAUGAUUGUAAAUAUGUAUUUACGGAUUAAUUGUUCUCUGAUUAUAAGCUAUGUUAUAAGUAUGUAUUAACAAAAUUAGAUUGGUCAGAGGCGCGAAUACGUACUUAUAAAUGUUAACCAGCUUAGUAUUUUAAAUUAUUUUUAUAAACAGCCGAUUUAUUAGACUGAUUAACAGUUUGCUGAUUUACUAAAGUAAAUGUGUUACGAUUCUUUUGAAAUACUGCGAUCAUAUUGGACAAAAAAUAAUUUCAAACACUAAGUUUUCUUUUUACUUUGCACACAUUUUUUUGUUAUGCUUCCUUUAGAUAAUAUUUUGUGUUUCACCGCAAACGUUAUGGAUAUUCGUUGACUAUGAUAACAUACUUGGCUUCAGAAUUAGUUGUAAUAAAAAAGUAAAAUUACAAUCAUUUGUAGUUAUUUAGUUUGUAUGUAUGUAUUUUGCCAUUAAAAUAAAUGACAAUUAUCUAUUUAAUCUUUCUUACUUAACAAGCAUAUGUCUCUGGAACAUUUAGUUAAAUAAUUAAAUAUGUACCUCUGGAUUCUAGUUAAAUCAUGUGAAUCAAGUAAAAUAUAAGAAGAAAUUGUAUUGGUUAAAAUAUAAUCUUUUCAGAUAUGUUUUUGUUGUUGUAACUAUGGUUCUUUCUUGCAACUUAAUGUGAAAUUAAGAUGAAAUAAGAAUUCUUCCUUAACAGAUAAAACAUAAUUGAUAUAUUUAUACCUGACACAGAUAUCAUCAUUUAUCAAAAACAAUAUAGUGAUAAAAACAUGAUAUAAUGGUGUAGAUAACAUUUGUAUCAUUGUCAUUAAUACAUCUAUUCAUAUUAAAUGGAAAUGUUUUAAAAAGCCAUCAAUCAUUCGGCAAACAUGUUAAUCAAUUGUUAGCAUAAAACAUGUAUUUUUUUGUGAAUAUUUUCUGGAGGCAAUAAAUAACAAUUAUUUACUGCGAAAA